AUGGCACCUGGAACCACCACGGAAGACUCCGCGGUCGCAAUUGUGCCCCCAAAGAAUGACAAGCCAAUUUUGUAUAGCGAUGUCAAUCAAGAAGAGCUUCAAGCCAAAGCAUCGAAGUACCUCCUCAACUAUGGCACCAAAUUCAACAAAGACGUGAUCUGUGGCAGCAGAGGACUCUACGUAUAUACAGCGUCCGGACACAAAGUGCUAGACUUUACUUCCGGCCAAAUGUCGUGCCUACUCGGCCACGGACACCCCGAAAUUGUGCAGACAAUCACCGACCACGCAGGGUCCCUAGACCACCUCUUCUCAGGCAUGGCAUCUCCCCCAGUGAUCAGCCUAGGCGGACGUCUCUGCAAUCUCUUACCAACCGGCCUUGACAAGGCCUUCUUCCUCUCCACCGGCGGCGAGAGCAACGAGGCAGCGAUAAAAAUGGCCAAGGUAUACACUGGGAAAUUUGAAAUCGUCGGACUGGGCGGUAGCUGGCACGGCGUGACAGCGCAAGCACUGGGCGCACAAUACCACUUCGGUCGCAAAGGCCAAGGCCCGCUAAUGCCGGGCAUGUUGAUGCUCCCGCCACCAAACGCAUACCGCUCUAUCUUCCGGCGCCCUGACGGAUCCUACGACUGGGAAGCUGAGAUGGAGUACGGCUGGCGUAUGAUCGAUAUGCAAUCGUGCGGAUCGCUGGCGGCUUGUAUCGUGGAGUGUAUCCAGUCGUCGGCUGGCAUGCAUGUCCUACCGCCUGGUUAUCUCGCAGCUCUAAAACGGGAGUGCGAAAAGCGAGGAAUGCUCUUGAUCGUCGACGAAGCACAGACGGGUGUCGGCCGGUGCGGAGACUUAAUGGCUAUCAACCACGAAAACGUCAUUCCUGAUAUCCUCACCCUCAGCAAGACGCUAGGGAAUGGCCUACCGCUCAGCGCUGUCGUUACAAGUGCUGAGAUUGAGCGCGUGUGCGUCGAGCGGGACUUCUGCUUUUACACAACUCAUGUUAAUGACCCGUUGCCUGCUGCUGUGGGUGAUAAAGUACUUGAGAUUGUUGUUCGUGACGGGCUAGUUGAGCACUCUCGAGCUAUGGGUAAAGUACUUCAUGACCGCCUGAACGCGCUGAAGGAAAAAUAUGGUUGCAUCGGAGAUGUCCGUGGUCGCGGACUUAUGGCAGGGGUUGAGAUUGUUGAGGAUCGCGAAAGCAAGACGCCGGCGCUGGAUUUGGGUAAGGCGAUUGGAGACCGGGCUUAUGAUUUAGGCUUGUGGGCCAAUCUCAGUAGUCAUCCUAGCUUCGGGGGCGCCUUUCGCAUAGCCCCGCCGAUAACUAUUACCGAGGACGAACUGCUUAGUGGCUUGGAAAUACUGGAAGAGGCAUUUGCUACGACCCCUGGCACUAUGCCUGCAUGA